UCUGCAGCCAUUUGCUUUCCCCAGGGCUGCAGCCCCCAGACAGCAGUACUCGGAGUCCCUCUCAUCUCCAAGAAUAAACUCUGAAGCCAGCAACCCUGCGGACCUGAAUCAUCAGGGAGCCUGUCAGAGGAGGGGCAGUGACUCUCCCGGACAAGCAAGCAGGCUAUAUAAGUUCCAGAAGGCUGGGCUCCACUCAGAUCUUUUCCAGCGGCUGCUGCUUUACCAGAGAGGUGCCUUCGGAGACCCAGCGCUUAUACAACAUCCACCAUGUCCCAGGCUGGUGCUCAGGAAGCCCCCAUCAAGAAGAAGCGCCCCCCUGUGAAGGAGGAGGACCUGAAGGGGGCCCGAGGAAACCUGACCAAGAACCAGGAAAUCAAGUCCAAGACCUACCAGGUCAUGCGGGAGUGUGAGCAAGCUGGCUCGGCCGCCCCAUCGGUGUUCAGCCGCACCCGCACAGGCACCGAGACUGUCUUUGAGAAGCCCAAAGCCGGACCCGCCAAGAGUGUCUUCGGCUGAGAAGUGCAUGCCACUCCCCUUGCUGCCCAAAUGCUCCGAAACAGCAGCCUUUCCCCGGAACUCUUUUUUAUGCCAGAACACCUCCUUUCCCCUGCCAUCUCUGGGGCUGCCACCCUCCCCCACAGUCCUGACCCUUCAGCCAAGGGCUCUGCACCAGCACCUUGAAGCCCCAAUAAAGAGGAUGCACAAGUGGCCCCAGCA